AAACGGCUUUAGAUAUUUGUUCGUCUCAAAUUAUUUCAAUAAGCUAAAAUGACAAUGAGCCGAUGGUUAGAUGUAGAAGUUGGAACAGACGACAUUCAUCUUAAUUCUUUGCCCUCAAAUUUAGCGUUGGUUGAUCUUCACAACGACAAUGAAUAUAAGCUACUCGUUGGUGAUUUCGGCCGAGGUGAGGAAAUGCCUAAACUUAAGAUAUUUAGAGGGACAAUGCAGAUGUCAGAUUUAGUGCUCCCUGACCUACCUCUUGGCGUGGUUGGCUUCUACACAAGUGAGACAAUGCCUCGUCAAUGUCCUGUCAUAGCAAUAGCAAUGAGUUCAUGUGUUUACAUAUACCGGAACAUGAAACUGUUUUACAAAUACUAUCUACCUUCAGUGGAACAUAAUACUUGUGAACUAGAGAUAUGGAAGCAGUUAAUGGAUCCAAUAAAUCAUAAUGAAGAGUCUCUUAGAGGUCUAACAGCAAGUCUGCAAGCUAUACCACAGAAAGUUUUAAGCAAUCAAUCGCAAAACUUUUUGAAUCUCGAUUUUGAACAAAGAAUAGAGUAUCUAGAACAAUUGAAGGUGUUGCCAGAUCGGAAAAAUGUAGAAAUAGUUUGUAUUACAACUAUGAAAAUUAAUUCCGUAAACAAACAUGGUGUCAGUUGUCUGGUUGUAGGAAGUGAAGAGGGAGAUAUUAUUAUUUUGGAUCCAACUACUUUCACACCCAUGUCUCUGGCAAAAUUAAGUGCGGUGAAGAAAACACCAUACCAAAUGGUUGCAACAGGACUUUACAAUGUUGACUACAGAGUGACUGUGGCCACCAGAGAAAAGUCAGUUUGUCUUUUAAAAAGAGAUUGGAAGGAAGGUCAAUUGUUGUUCAACACUGAUGAACAUAUAGUAGCUAUUGAAGUGUCGCCCAUAGAUAACAAUGUAUAUGUUAUAUGUUGUGAUAAUACAUUGUCAUGUUAUAGCAAAAAGGGUAAAAAACAAUGGUCGUUAACUCUAGAACAUAGACCAGUAGCUUUAACUUUGGUUCCUAUAAUGCAUUUAGGUACAACUCUGAUAGCAGUCGCGCUUGCGUCAGGACAUCUGCAUCUGUAUGAUGGAAAAUCUCGCAGAGAUACUAUGUUCAUAAAAGAUGUAGUGUCUGUUAUGAAAUUUGGACAGCUCGGUAAAGAGGAAAAUGUUUUCGUAAUUAUUACAACUAAUGGCAAUCUUAUGUUGAAGAUAUUAAAGCGUACGGCAGAUUUUAACGCAGAUGCUGCGAGUGCGGAUGUCAUACCCGAUCCUUUGAGUUCAGAAAAACCUUGGCUCAUACCUAAAAGGUCGAAAUUAUUCCUCGAACAGUCUGCCAGAGAACGAGAGAAUUCUAUUGCAAUGCAUGAAACUUUCCAACACGAACUGAACAGAUUGCGGCUGUUGGCCGCAAAGACUCUUUUAGAAGUACAUGUGAAGUCUGACAAUUCUAUUGCUGUGGGGGCUCUAGAACCUAUACGACUUACUGCUGAGGUGGAAGGUCUAGGUCCAGUGUUCCGUGUGACUAUCAUUAUAGAGAACAGGUCGAGUACAAGUGCGGCAGCAGGACUGGCUCUUCUAUUUCAUGUCCACACAAACAACUACAAGGUCUAUAAGCCUUAUUUGAAGGUUCCCCUCCUCGGUCCUAAUAGUCAACUCCGUCUUCCGACGAAAGUAGAAGAGAUAUUUGAUGAGAACAUAAACCCUGAGAUAUUCCUGAGGGGUGUGACAGGACAGGGCGGGGAGGGGUCACUGGUUAAGAUCCUGCUGCUCAAAGAAGGGCAGAGGUCACCGGUACUCGCGGCCACCGUGCAAAUGCCCCCCACUGACCCCAUGAUGAUACCUUACGAUGACAUGCAAACUGCCACCGCUUUCCAAUAAUAAAACUAG